CCCAUUAGGUUAGGAGGACAGGCAGAGUAGCUGGUAGAUUUGCCUUGUUUCAUGAAUAAUCCACUUUUAAAGCGGGGGACAAAAAAGAGCAAUAUUUAUUUUGCAAAAAUCUUCAUUUUGCAAAGCAAUAUUUAUUUUGCAAAGCAAUAUUUAUUUUGCAAAGCAAUAUUUAGUUUGCUUGAGACUGAGCCACUUCUGGGCAUGCGUUUUUGCAAGGGGUGUCGGGGGAGAGAAACAAUCAAAGUCGAAAUUGCAAUUUUAUUUUGGUGGGCCAACGCAAACCUGAAAUGAACUCUGCCAAAACUCGCUACUUAAUAUUCUUUCAGUACUUCGGGGCCAAAUAUAGUGGUGUGAUGGCUUUGCCCCCCAGCGUGCCAGCUGUUGGUGUGGAAAAUCACUUGGAGAAGGCUGCAGAAAAUCUCAGAGCAUCUGAGCCGGUCAAAUUUGUCGUCUCCAGCCGCACGGACGCUGGGGUACAUGCCCUGUGCAACAGUGCCCACCUUGACAUCCAGAGGAAGGAGGGGCAGCCCCCCUUCUCCGAAGACCUCCUUGUCCAGGUGCUUAACAAGCAUCUCGGUUCAGAGCCCAUCCGCGUUCUGAGCGCUUGUAGGGUUUCCAGCAACUUCCACGCCCGUUUCUUGGCCCGGGCCAGGACAUACGUUUAUCGGGUGGCCACAGGCUGCACAGCCUCUUCUGAUCUGCCGGUCUUCGAACGGGAUCUCUGCUGGGCAAACUGGCGCGGCCACCUGAACUUGGCCGCCAUGCAGGAAGCAGCCACGUUUCUGAUGGGAACCCACAACUUCUCCACUUUUUGCUCAGCCAGUUCAGAGACGUCCGCGAGAAACCCCAUCAAGACCCUGAACUUGGUCGAGGUGAGGCCUUCCCAGGGCUUCCUUUCCGAGCACAGCAAGGACAGCAACCUGAAGUUUUGGGAAUUGGAGUUUGUAAGCCGAUCUUUCCUCUACAAACAGGUGCGGCGGAUGGUCGGGGCAUUGGUAGCCGUGGGUCAGUCCCGGUUACAACCGCACCACAUCCAAGAACUCCUAGCGGCCCGGGACUUGAUGGCUUAUCCGCCAAACAUCAUGGCGCCCCCGGACGGACUCUUCCUCAAGCAUGUGGAAUACUACAAAAGUGAUUUGGAGACAGAAGAUUGAAAUGGACUAUUAAUUUCUGCUUAGAGGGUAUAUUUAUAUAUAUAUAAAUAAACUUGCUUAAUCCGAAGUUUUUAUCUGCCAAGAAAUGAUUCGUUUUUGGGGUGGCUAAGGAAGGCAUGGACUCGGAAUGAUUUCAGAUUUAGAUUCUUCCUGGCUAUCCUAAAAUGUUCUCUGAUAAGCAGAUGAGAGAGAAACGUCGUUUUUAAAGGCUGUUUUGGCUGUGUUGUGGUCCACAUAGCCCCCCCCUCACCUCCAAAAAAAAACAUUUGUGUACUCAGAAAAGCAAAAAAUAAAUCCCUUUUAAAUCCUCCCCUCACCUUUUCAGGUAUCCAUCCGAGAUCAGCAAUGUGAUCUUGAAGUCAAGUGAGAUUCUUGAGUAAUUUGUCUUACUAACAGGUGAAAAAUACAUGCAGUUAAUGAGCUUUUUUAGCGCUAAUUUUCUACAAUUCUGCAGAAUGACAUGCUAUUAAGCAGGGCUCUCCAACCUUGGCAACUUUAAGACUUGUGGACUUCAAUUCCCAGAGUCCCUCAGCCAGCAAAGCUGGCUGAGGAACUCUGGGAGUUGAAGUCCACAAGUCUUAAAGUUGCCAAGGUUGGAGAUCUCCACUAUUAAGGCUCCUUCUGUAUUCUCCAUGCUUGUUUGGCAAGUGUAUAUAUCACCUUAAGGGCAUCCCCCUUUUAAGUGUUCUGCCCUCAAUUCAUCUAGCAGUCAAUUCACCAGGUAAAGUACCAUCUUGAGCUUCUCAACUGAAUUUUAAGUUUCUAGUCCCUAGUAAUAAAUGAAGAAGAGCUAUUGCUCGGUACAGAAUCUGGUCUCCCCUCCACUACCGCAACCACCAGCAAAGCGCAAGCCUUUGCCAGCUUUUGCUUGUGCCACACCAACCCUCCGUUGGGUGAGAAUUUGCAAAACACUUUUUUUUUUAAAGACUCCCUUUCAAAAUAAUGCAUCUUAGCAGAAUGUAGACUUAGUCGCGUUUUUACACGUUAAAACACUUGACCGCUGCGGAAAGAGUGAAUCUUUUAUUCCGUUAUUAUUCUGCUGUCUUUUCACUCCCUCCCCUUAUCGGGGGGGAAAAUUGUAAGGUCAGGAUGCAGAGCUCAUAAAUUCUGUAAACAUUUCGGUUUUUCUGCUCUUAAAUCUUGGGGAUCUGCGCCUCGGUUGCGCCUUUGCAAACCGCAACCUCGAACUCUCUCUUCCUCUGCUUCCUGCGCAAAAAGGUGUCUGGGAGGCCCCCUUCGG